GUGCCCGGGGGGCCGAGCUGCCAUCUCCUGGGGAGCCAGAGCUCAGAGUCGCUCCGUCCCUGCCAGCAGCCACCUUCUGCCCACCGCCCAGCACCGCCGCCGCCAUGGUGCACUGGACAGCCGAGGAGAAGCAGCUCAUCACCAGCAUCUGGGGCAAGGUCAACGUGGCCGAGUGCGGCGCCGAGGCCCUGGCCAGGCUGCUGAUUGUCUACCCCUGGACCCAGAGGUUCUUCGCCUCCUUCGGGAACCUGUCUGGUGCCACUGCCAUCUCUGGCAACCCCAUGGUCAAAGCCCAUGGCAAGAAGGUGCUGACCUCCUUUGGAGAUGCUGUGAAGAACCUGGACAGCAUCAAGAACACCUUUGCUCAGCUGUCUGAGCUGCACUGUGACAAGCUGCACGUGGACCCCGAGAACUUCAGGCUCCUGGGUGACAUCCUGAUCAUCGUCCUGGCUGGCCACUUCGGCAAGGACUUCACCCCCGAGGCCCAGGCCGCCUGGCAGAAGCUGGUCCGUGCUGUGGCCCACGCCCUGGCCCGCAAGUACCACUAGAUCCACGCAGAGGUGGUGGCCAAGGCCCUCCAGCACCUCCCUGAGAUCUUCCUCUGGAGCCCACAGCUUCUAACAGCCAAAUAAAGCUCAGCCUUGUGAAGCCUC